GCAGGGGAGUUACUUUAUUGUUGCUACUUGCAACUAUAAACCUCAGUGUUCAUAGUUCCUCUAUAUAUACCCAAUCCCAAAUCCAUAUUAUUUAGGUCACAAACACUCCAAAAAAACCCCUCUUUCUGUCUAAUCGAUAUUGACUUCGAUUCUUCAGGACUGGUGGGAAAUUGAAAAGGCUUUGUGUAAUGGCUAAUCGGAACUUGGAGAAAUUGGCAUCGAUUGAUGCUCAGUUGAGGCUUUUAGUUCCUGGAAAAGUUUCUGAGGAUGAUAAGCUUAUUGAGUAUGAUGCCUUGCUUUUGGAUAAGUUUCUCGACAUUCUUCAGGAUUUACAUGGAGAGGAUCUCAAGGAAACGGUUCAAGAAUGCUACGAGCUUUCUGCUGAGUAUGAAGGAAAGCGUGACCCAAAGAAGCUUGAGGAACUUGGAAGUGUGCUCACAAGCUUAGAUCCAGGGGACUCCAUUGUCAUCGCAAAAGCUUUCUCUCACAUGCUUAACUUAGCAAAUCUGGCAGAAGAGGUCCAGAUUGCUUACAGACGCAGGAUCAAGCUGAAGAAGGGUGACUUUGCUGAUGAAGCUAAUGCAACAACUGAAUCCGACAUUGAAGAAACUUUCAAGAGACUUGUGCAUCAGCUUAAGAAGUCACCUGAAGAGGUUUUUGACGCACUCAAGAAUCAAACAGUUGACUUGGUCUUGACUGCUCAUCCCACUCAAUCAGUCCGCAGAUCUUUGCUUCAGAAGCAUGGAAGGAUUCGUGACUGUUUGGCUCAGUUAUAUACCAAAGACAUUACCCCUGAUGAUAAACAAGAACUGGAUGAAGCUUUACAUAGAGAAAUUCAAGCUGCUUUUCGUACAGAUGAAAUCAGAAGGACCCCACCAACUCCACAAGAUGAAAUGAGAGCUGGAAUGAGUUACUUCCAUGAAACAAUCUGGAAAGGUGUCCCUAAAUUCUUAAGACGUGUUGACACUGCUCUUAAGAACAUUGGAAUCAAUGAGCGAGUUCCCUAUAAUGCCCCUCUGAUUCAGUUCUCUUCAUGGAUGGGUGGUGAUCGUGAUGGAAAUCCCAGGGUUACCCCUGAGGUAACCAGAGAUGUUUGCUUGCUUGCAAGAAUGAUGGCUGCAAACAUGUACUUUUCCCAGAUUGAAGAUCUAAUGUUCGAGAUGUCUAUGUGGCGUUGUAAUGAUGAACUUCGUGUUCGGGCAGAAGAACUGUAUAAAUCAGCAAGGAGAGAUGUGAAGCAUUACAUAGAGUUCUGGAAACAGGUACCUCCAACUGAACCUUAUCGUGUGAUUCUUGGUGAUGUAAGAGACAUGUUAUAUAAAACUCGUGAAAGAUCUCGCCAUCUUUUAGCCCAUGGGAAAUCUGAGAUCCCAGAAGAAGCAGUUUACACCAAUGUUGAACAGUUCUUGGAACCCCUUGAGCUAUGCUACCGAUCGCUAUGCGCGUGUGGCGACCGUGUAAUCGCAGACGGGAGUCUCCUCGACUUCCUCCGCCAGGUGUCAACAUUCGGUCUGUCCUUAGUCAAACUCGACAUCCGCCAAGAAUCCGACCGCCACACAGACGUCCUCGACGCGAUCACCCAACAUCUAGAAAUCGGGUCCUACCGCGAAUGGUCCGAAGAGAAACGCCAAGAAUGGCUCCUCGCGGAGCUUUCCGGAAAGCGUCCCCUCUUCGGCGCCGACCUUCCAAAAACCGAAGAAAUCGCCGACGUCCUCGACACCUUCCACGUCAUCGCGGAACUCCCAUCCGACUGCUUCGGCGCUUACAUCAUCUCCAUGGCCACGUCACCAUCCGACGUGUUAGCAGUCGAGCUUCUCCAACGCGAGUGCCACGUCAGCAAACCGCUACGUGUGGUCCCGCUUUUCGAAAAGCUCGACGAUCUCGAAGCGGCCCCCGCAGCCGUUGCGCGCCUCUUCUCGAUCGAAUGGUAUAAGAAUCGGAUUGACGGGAAACAGGAAGUGAUGAUUGGGUAUUCCGAUUCCGGGAAGGAUGCCGGGCGGCUUUCGGCGGCAUGGCAGUUGUAUAAAGCGCAAGAGGAGCUUAUAAAGGUGGCGAAGGAGUUUGGGGUGAAGCUUACGAUGUUUCAUGGACGUGGUGGGACGGUUGGGCGAGGUGGUGGGCCCACGCAUCUUGCUAUUUUGUCUCAACCACCGGAGACGAUUCAUGGUAGUUUGAGAGUUACGGUUCAAGGGGAGGUUAUUGAGCAGUCGUUUGGUGAAGAACAUUUGUGUUUUAGGACGUUACAGAGAUUUUGCGCGGCGACACUCGAACACGGGAUGAACCCGCCGAUUUCACCGCGACCGGAAUGGCGUAAACUUAUGGAUGAGAUUGCGGUUUAUGCAACCGAACAGUAUCGCUCCAUUGUAUUCAAGGAACCACGCUUUGUCGAGUACUUCCGCCUUGCUACACCGGAAUUAGAAUACGGGCGUAUGAACAUCGGGAGUCGUCCAUCAAAGAGGAAACCAAGCGGAGGAAUAGAAUCACUCCGUGCAAUUCCAUGGAUCUUUGCCUGGACUCAAACCCGAUUCCAUCUCCCGGUUUGGCUCGGAUUCGGGGCGGCAUUCAAGCAUGCCAUUCAAAAGGACGGAAAGAAUCUUCAAAUGUUUCAAGAAAUGUACCAAAAAUGGCCCUUUUUUAGGGUCACUAUCGAUUUGGUUGAAAUGGUGUUCGCUAAAGGUGACCCCGGAAUCGCUGCACUAAAUGACAAACUACUUGUGUCUGAAGAUUUAUGGUCAUUUGGAGAAAUGUUGAGAGCAAAUUACGAAGAAACCAAAGCUCAUCUCCUCAAGAUUGCGGGACAUAAGGAUCUUCUUGAGGGUGACCCCUACUUGAAACAAAGACUUCGUCUGCGUGACUCGUACAUCACAACCCUAAACGUGUGUCAAGCAUACACACUAAAAAGAAUCCGUGACCCUAACUAUCAUGUCACAUUAAGACCUCAUAUCUCAAAGGAGUAUUCAGAGCCAAGUAAACCAGCUGAUGAACUUAUCCAUCUGAACCCAACAAGUGAGUAUGCACCGGGUCUUGAGGACACUUUGAUCUUGACCAUGAAGGGUAUUGCUGCUGGAAUGCAAAACACCGGUUAACUUAAUAAAUUAAUAAAUAAAUAAAUAAAUAAAUCGUGCUAUGCAAGUAGUAUCUAUCUUGUGUUUUUAUUUAAUGUUUUUGGACAUCGGAAAGGCGUUGCCAUGUUUAUGUGUAAUUUCUGAGUUUUUUUUUGUUGCUUUUUGUGGUGAACCGCUUUGUUAUGCUAUUUUCACUUGUUGAUGAUCUUUGAGUUGUGGAGUUGUACUGUAGGCAGUGUCGAUGGUACGAAUGAAUCAUUGUACACUUGAUUACAAGUGAUAAGUGAAGUGGUUAACUUGUUAUAUUGGUCUUUUCAUUGUACCGAUAUAUGUAUUGGAAUGAGCCAUGACUUUUUAAUAAAUGGUUUAAGUAAAAA